AGUUUAUACGGUUAAAACGUCUCCAGUUGCCGCUAAGCCAUGUAGAGAACCUACCGGGAAUUUCAGCUCCUGGGCUGUUUCACUUUAACGGGAAGGUGGCGCUCCGCAGCUCGUAUAAAACGCCGACCAAGGAGCCCCGGCCCCGCAUCGCAGGUCAUGAAGGCUCUGAAGAAGCUUCAGGAGUUGGACGUCACCCUGGACAUCCUUGCAGAAACUGGGAUAGGAAAAACGGUCAAUUCCCUCCGGAAGCAUGGCGAUGCUGGGGAAGUGGCUAAGACGUUAGUUAACCAGUGGAAGAAGUUGGUUCCAAAGGAACCCACCAGCAACAACCAAGAUAAUCACGGCUGUGGAAAAGAGAAGACUGAAAACGAGAAGAUUAGCAAAGAGGCUGUAAAAGGUGAGGGUUUACCUCAGAAAAUGUGCCCCUUUGAUAAAGACCAGCAGAGAAAUUCAGUCUCUAACUGCAGAAAGUCAAAUCAAAGCAUCAAGAAAGAGCAGUUGAUCUCCAGACAGGAAUCAAAGGAUGAUUCUGAUGCUAACAAAUCAGGUUCCUCAAACAAGCUUGAGUCCAGCACCAAAGAUCUGUCUCCCAAAGUAAACCGAUCCCCUGAACGGUUUAAUGACAAACCUCACGCCCAUAAGUGCAGGUCUGAACAAGAUGGGAAGAGGACCUCUUCUCAGGGGGGGAAAGACAAAGAACUGAAAAUCCCUCCCAAGGGCAAACAACUAGACAAAGUCAAACCAGAAUCUUUGGAUUAUAGUAAAAGGAAGAAUUGGGGAUGUGGUAAGAAUUUAUGCAACGAAGAAGCUGCGAGGCCAACUGGCAACAGAAUGAAGGCCACAAAGGAACAAGAGAAGGUUCCAGACAAUAACAGGCAGAGUGAUGAGAGGUCUGAUACACCCACCCUGUCUUUCGAAUCAUGCCUGAACUACAGUUUGAAGAUACCAAAGAGGAAGAAGAAGCCUUGCAAUGAAAAGAUUGUCAAAAAGCUCAAAGCAAGUCACAGCAAAAGCACAACCUCAGUGAAGGAGUCCAACGACUUGAUCAAAUGUCAGAUGGAGCAGUCGCCUCAAAAGGUGUCAACUGGGUCAGUAAUGGACUUGCUUAAUGUGCCCUUGCCGACUUCUCUUCCGGAGUGUGAGGACUUGUCCGGUUUCUCGUACUUUGAGAAGAAAUCUCUUUUAGUGGAGGUUGAGGUUUCGGAGGUCUGCGAAGAUGCUCCAGUGUUCACCGGUCAGAGGCUCAACAGAAAGAUGCAGGUCUACUCAGGAUCCAAGAUUGCUUAUCUCCCAACCAUGAUGACCCUGUACCAGCAAUGCAUCCGUGUUCUCCAAAACAACAUUGACCUGCUCCAUGAGAUCGGAGGGGUACCGUUUGAUAUUCUAGAGCCGGUACUGGAGCGCUGUACCCCAGAACAGCUGCUCCGGAUUGAAGGAUGCAACCCGGUUUACAUGGGUGUCACCGAUCACCUGUGGGAGCGACACUGCCAGAGGGAGUUCAGGAAUGAGAAGCUGGAGGAGUACGAGUCCUGGAGGGAGAUGUACCUACGGCUGUCCGAGGAGCGCGAGAGGAAGCUGAAGAGGCUGACUAAGAGCAUAGUUUCUGCUCACUCUGGGAAACCUAAAGGCCGGCAGGUGAAGCUGGCAUAUAUUCACUCUGUUGCCAAGCCACCAAGGAACGUGAGGAUUCAGCAGGAGAUCCAUGGGACAGCAGGACCUCUUCCACUGCCUCAUGCCACGGACAAGCUCAGCAGCAUCAGGCCCAGCUUUGGUGACUCCAGCAGGUCCUCCAGCGCCGGCCCUGGUCCUGGGUCCAGCCAAAGUCAGGAUCCCAGGAAAAUCAAACGGGUUGCACCUAUGAUGGCCAAGUCCCUGAAAGCCUUCAAGAAACAGCUCUGUCGCAGAUGAUCGCCCCGUGGAGAUGGCAUGCUUGAACAUCUUAAGUAUCUUGAAGCCUCCAACACACACAUUCAGAAGUAUGGUCCCCCAUACACACUUUUUUCCUUUUGUUUGGUGGUUUCAGUCAUAAAAUAAAUCAAGUUUAAAAGUACUACAGUACAAUUUGGCCUGUUCUCAGUAUCUUUUAUUCAUGGGCUCUAAACUGCAGGUACAUGUUUCUACUUAUGGAAUGUUUGAGUGCACUUACUGGUACCGUAAACUAUCUCUAUAUCAGUUGGAUUUAAAACACGACCGCCCCCUAGUGGCUACAGAGUAUAAAUGACCGGCUAAUAUACCUGGUUAGGGAGGGUGCAUAGUUACUGGUGUGUUCUACAUGUAGAAUUAUGUAGAAUGCAGUGCAAAUAAAGACACAUUUAUUUCAACAUUUUUUUAAUUUUAAUUUGGUAAAAUGAGGUUCUCAAGUAUUUAAAAAUUUCUGGUGCUUGAAACCAUCGCAUUCCCUCAUAACCAAAAACGCAAAGUCCUGAAACAUACUGCAAGUGUGUUUGAGGGUAAAUAGUCGUAGUGCAGAAAUGUUAAGUAUGGAAUGUUAAGAAUUCAGCCUGAUUCGUUUCUAAUCUAAGAGUUUAGUUUCGUUUAAAUAACAAUGUAACACAGUAUGUAGAAAUGUAACCAUGUUUGAAAAUAAAGAUCUGGAAGCGAA